GGAGGCCUGUGGGGGAGAGCAGGGAAACCACGGGCAGCUCGGGCUCGGCUGGCUCCUCUUUGUUUCUGGUUGGGAGGAAAAUCUUGAGACACUGCGACCGGCGAGUUUUCAAACAUCACAUUCGGGCACUUGGUGGACCUUGGUUGUCCCGUACAUUCCCAGAUUCUCUCCUGAGACAUGUCCACUCCGGACCCCCCUAUGGGAGGGACCCCUCGGCCCGGUCCCUCCCCGGGCCCAGGGCCCUCUCCGGGAGGCCCGUCUCCAGGUUCAGCCCACAGCAUGAUGGGACCCAGUCCGGGACCUCCACACCCCUCUCAGGGACCCACAGGAUAUCCUCAGGAAAACAUGCACCAGAUGCACAAGCCCAUGGAGCCCAUGCAUGACAAGGGGAUGUCUGAUGAUCCCCGCUAUAAUCAGAUGAAAGGCAUGGGGAUGAGACCAGGUGCACAUCCUGGUAUGGGACCUCCACCAAGCCCCAUGGACCAACAUUCCCAGGGUUACCCCUCACCACUGGGUGGCUCAGAGCAUGCCCCCAGCCCUGUCCCAGCUAAUGGCCCACCUUCUGGGCCUAUGAUGCCCGGUGCUCCCUCUGGCCCUGGGGCUGGUCCCAUGGAGACAAAUGGGGACCCCAGCCAGGCAAUGGCUCAGGCCAACCGCAGCGCUCCCACCGGUCCAGCGGGUCCUGCUGGACCUGGUGCAGGACAGGGCGGUGCAGGGGGGCCUACACCCUUCAACCAGAACCAACUGCACCAACUCAGGGCUCAAAUCAUGGCAUACAAGAUGUUAGCGCGCAGCCAACCUCUCCCAGAGCACCUGCAAAUGGCAGUGCAGGGCAAGAGACCCAUGCCUAACAUGCCCACGUCUGCUGUGCCUGGUGGGACACCAGGAGCAGGGCCUGCACAGCCUCAGGGAAACUAUAACCGACCACACGGUAUGGUUGGGCCCAAUAUGGCUCCCCCUGGACCUGCUGGAGUACCUCCGGGUAUGCCAGGUCAGCCAACCAAUGGACCUCCUAAAUCAUGGCCUGAAGGGCCCAUGGUGAAUGCUGCUGCUCCUUCUAGCGGCCCUCAAAAGAUGAUUCCUCCCCAGCCCACAGGCAGACCCUCUCCUGCUCCACCUUCAGUGCCUCCAGCCGCCUCUCCGGUAAUACCUCCACAGACCCAGUCCCCCGGCCAGCCUGCCCAGCCUCCUCCCAUGAUGAUGAAGCAGAGCCGUAUCACCCCCAUCCAGAAGCCUCGCGGGCUGGACCCAGUUGAGAUUCUUCAAGAGCGGGAAUACAGGCUUCAGGCAAGAAUAGCUCAUCGUAUCCAGGAGCUGGAGAACCUGCCUGGGUCCCUGGCUGGAGACCUCCGCACUAAAGCCACCAUAGAACUUAAGGCCCUCAGACUGCUCAAUUUCCAGAGACAGUUGAGGCAAGAAGUGGUGGUUUGCAUGCGCCGGGACACCUCUUUGGAAACUGCCCUCAAUGCCAAGGCUUACAAACGCAGCAAACGCCAAUCUUUGCGUGAGGCUCGGAUCACGGAGAAGCUGGAAAAACAGCAGAAAAUUGAACAAGAGCGUAAACGCAGACAGAAGCACCAAGAAUACCUCAAUAGCAUCCUUCAACAUGCCAAGGACUUCAAGGAGUACCAUCGUUCCAUCACUGCCAAGAUCCAGAAGGCCACAAAAGCUGUUGCUACCUACCAUGCCAACACUGAACGCGAGCAGAAAAAAGAGAAUGAGCGCAUUGAAAAGGAGAGAAUGCGGAGGCUGAUGGCUGAAGAUGAAGAAGGCUACCGUAAACUUAUCGACCAGAAGAAAGACAAGCGCUUGGCGUACUUGCUGCAGCAAACAGACGAGUAUGUGGCAAACCUCACAGAGCUGGUGCGAGCUCACAAGGCUGCACAAGCACUUAAAGAAAAGAAAAAGAAGAAGAAAAAGAAGAAGCCUGAAGCUACGGAAGGGGGCACUGCUGCUUUGGGACCUGAUGGAGAGCCUUUGGAUGAGACCAGCCAGAUGAGUGACCUCCCUGUGAAGGUGAUUCAUGUGGACAGUGGAAAGAUUCUGACUGGGGUGGAUGCUCCCAAGUCUGGUCAGCUGGAGACAUGGCUCGAGAUGAACCCAGGAUAUGAAGUAGCUCCUCGAUCAGACAGUGAAGACAGUGGGUCAGAGGAAGAGGAAGAAGAGGAGGAUGAAGAGGAGCCUCAUACCUCUACAGCUCCAUCAGAGGAGAAAAAGAAGAUCCCAGACCCAGACAGUGAAGACGUGUCUGAAGUUGAUGUUCGACACAUCAUUGAGCACGCCAAGCAGGACGUGGAUGAUGAGUAUGGCAGCCAGUCUUUCAACAAAGGGCUGCAGUCAUACUACGCUGUGGCCCAUGCUGUCACUGAGAAGGUGGAGAAACAGUCGUCUCUCAUGGUCAAUGGGACACUCAAACAAUACCAGAUCAAAGGUCUGGAGUGGCUGGUGUCUCUUUACAACAACAACCUCAAUGGCAUCCUGGCCGACGAAAUGGGCCUGGGCAAGACCAUCCAGACCAUUGCACUCGUCACUUACCUCAUGGAGUACAAGCGCAUCAAUGGACCCUUCCUCGUCAUUGUACCUCUGUCAACUCUAUCAAACUGGGUGCUGGAGUUUGAUAAGUGGGCGCCAUCAGUUGUCAAAGUUUCCUACAAGGGCUCUCCAGGUGCUCGCCGUGCCUUUGUUCCCAUUCUACGCAGUGGCAAGUUUAAUGUGCUGCUCACUACAUACGAGUACAUCAUCAAAGACAAACAAGUGCUAGCUAAGCUUCGGUGGAAGUACAUGAUUGUGGAUGAGGGCCAUAGAAUGAAGAACCACCACUGUAAACUGACUCAGGUGUUGAACACUCACUACCUGGCCCCUCGCCGUCUGCUUCUGACUGGAACGCCUCUCCAGAACAAGCUGCCCGAGCUCUGGGCCCUUCUCAACUUCCUACUGCCCACAAUCUUCAAGAGCUGCAGCACCUUCGAGCAGUGGUUCAAUGCUCCCUUCGCCAUGACUGGAGAGAAGGUGGAUCUAAAUGAAGAGGAGACCAUUCUGAUCAUCCGUCGUCUUCACAAAGUUCUCAGGCCUUUCCUCUUGAGAAGACUCAAGAAAGAGGUGGAGGCCCAGCUGCCUGAAAAGGUGGAGUAUGUAAUCAAGUGCGACAUGUCAGCUCUUCAGAGGGUGUUGUACAGGCACAUGCAGGCCAAGGGAGUGCUGCUUACAGAUGGAUCAGAGAAGGAUAAGAAGGGUAAAGGUGGUACGAAGACUCUGAUGAACACCAUUAUGCAGUUGAGGAAGAUUUGUAACCACCCCUUCAUGUUCCAGCACAUUGAGGAAUCCUUCUCUGAACAUCUUGGCUUCUCCAAUGGAGUUGUAACAGGACCGGAACUAUACCGCUCCUCUGGGAAGUUUGAACUGCUGGAUAGGAUCUUGCCCAAACUCAGGGCCACGAACCACAAAGUGCUGCUUUUCUGUCAGAUGACAUCCCUCAUGAACAUCAUGGAGGAUUACUUUGCCUUCCGCAACUUCAAGUACCUGCGCUUGGAUGGAACGACUAAGGCGGAGGACCGUGGGCUGCUGCUGAAAUCCUUCAAUGACCCAGCCUCUGAGUACUUUGUGUUUUUGCUCAGUACCAGAGCAGGAGGUCUGGGGCUCAACCUACAGUCUGCUGACACUGUCAUAAUCUUCGACAGUGACUGGAACCCUCACCAGGAUUUGCAGGCCCAGGACAGAGCACAUCGUAUUGGUCAGCAGAAUGAAGUGCGAGUGCUUCGACUGUGCACAGUCAACAGUGUAGAGGAGAAGAUUCUGGCAGCUGCCAAGUACAAGCUGAAUGUGGACCAGAAAGUCAUCCAGGCUGGCAUGUUCGACCAGAAGUCUUCUGGGUGUGAGAGGAGAGCUUUUCUACAGGCCAUUUUAGAGCAUGAAGAGCAGGAUGAGGAGGAGGAUGAAGUUCCUGAUGAUGAGACAGUCAAUCAGAUGAUUGCCAGAAGCGAAGAGGAAUUUGAACAAUUCAUGCGUAUGGACCUGGAUCGGCGGCGUGAGGAUGCACGUAACCCUAAGAGGAAGCCUCGUCUGAUGGAGGAAGAUGACAUGCCUAGCUGGAUCCUGAAGGACGAUGCUGAGGUGGAGAGGCUGACCUGUGAGGAGGAGGAGGAGAAGAUGUUUGGACGAGGGUCACGCCAACGUAAGGAGGUGGACUACAGUGAUUCGCUCACUGAGAAACAGUGGCUUAAGGCCAUAGAAGAUGGCAACCUGGAGGACCUUGAAGAAGAGGUGCGUCACAAAAAGACCACAAGGAAGCGCAAGAGGGACCGGGAUGACUGCAUGUCCACCCCCAGCAGCUCUGGCCGGGGGAGGGACAAGGAUGACGAUGGCAAGAAGGCCAAGAAACGUGGCCGCCCUCCAGCUGAGAAACUGUCCCCUAACCCACCCUCUCUCACAAAGAAGAUGAAGAAGAUUGUGGACGCUGUGAUCAAGUAUAAGGAUGGUAAUGGCCGACAGCUAAGUGAGGUCUUCAUCCAGCUUCCCUCUCGAAAGGAACUCCCCGAGUACUAUGAGCUCAUACGCAAACCUGUGGACUUCAGAAAGAUUAAGGAGAGGAUCCGUAGUCACAAAUAUCGCGGCCUCAACGACCUGGAGAAGGAUGUAAUGCUGCUGUGUCAAAAUGCACAAACAUUUAACCUGGAGGGCUCUCUGAUCUACGAGGACUCCAUUGUGCUGCAGUCUGUGUUCACCAGUGUGAGGCAGAAGAUCGAGAAGGAGGAGGAGAGUGAAGGAGAAGACAGUGAGGAAGAGGAGGAGGAGAUGGAUGAAGGCUCAGAGUCUGAAUCUCGAUCGGUGAAGGUGAAGAUUAAACUGAGCCGGAAAGAGAAAGGUGACAAAGGGGGCAAAGGUCAAAAGAGGAAAAGCCGAGGGUCUCGGGCCAAACCUGUGGUGAGCGAUGACGACAGCGAGGAUGAGCAAGAGGAGGAUCGCUCUGGCAGCGGCAGUGAGGACGACUGAGCUCUCUUACUCAACGCCCACCCCCUUGCCCUUUUGACUGUGAUUUAUAUAUUCUUCUUAGAAAUGGCAGGUCUUAGUUUUACCUAGAAGAGCUCAUUUUUAGUAAGACUGUUCUCAUUAAAUAUAGCAUUAAUCAAACCCCAUUAAACUUAAGAUAUGAAGCACCCAUUCCCAUAUUUAAUGCAUUGUCCUGUAUGAAUUGUAGUGUCUUUUGUUUAAAUGGAUCAUGUUGGAGCCUAUUGUAGACUGAUCAAGGGUUUAAAAAAAAAAAAAUCUUUUUUUUAAAGUGAUAUUAAUUUUCCUUGUAUUUGGGACCAGGAGUACUUUUCUGAAUGCAUGUUUGUCUGGAUGUGUCUUCACUAGCCUCUCUUAAUUUAAAAAAAAAAAAAAAAAACAUUCUCAGCGGGUCUCGGCUAGUCCCACCAGCAGACCCCCUCCUCUUCAGGUUUGUAAAUGGGGAGGGAGGGAUAAAGCCGUUGCCUGUGUUGCUGUCACUGGACUCAAAUUUCACAAUAAAGGCAUCUCAUAAUAAAA